CGAGCGCGCGGGGAGGGAGGAGAGAGCGGGUCACGACGCUGCCGGGGCGGGGAUAACCCCUCACGUGGAGCAGAUGAAAGGGCCGCGGCGCGACUGCCGGGGAAGCCGAGCGGAGCCUGCGACCCACAAAGCCGCCGCCGCCGCCGCUGCCGCCGCGAUGGGGCUGUGAGGCGUCCGCCCGCGCUCCGUCCUCCGCCGGCCCGCGACUAUGCCCGGCCGCGCCCGCCCUCCGCGCCCUCCCGCCGCAGGACCAUGAGGCCGCGCUCGGGCGGGCGCCCAGGGGCCCCGGGCCGCCGCCGCCGCCGCCUCCGCCUCCGCCGCCGCCCCCGCGGCCCCCGCGGUCGCCGCUUGCCGCCGCCGCCGCCGCUGCCUCUGCUGCUCGGGUUGCUGCUGGCGGCCGCGGGGCCCGGAGCGGCGCGGGCCAAGGAGACGGCGUUCGUGGAGGUGGUCCUGUUCGAGUCGAGCCCGAGCGGCGACUACACCACCUACACCACCGGCCUCACGGGCCGCUUCUCGAGGGCCGGGGCCACGCUCAGCGCCGAGGGCGAGAUCGUGCAGAUGCACCCACUGGGCCUGUGUAAUAACAAUGACGAAGAGGACUUGUAUGAAUAUGGCUGGGUAGGAGUGGUGAAGUUGGAACAGCCAGAACUGGACCCAAAACCAUGCCUCACUGUGCUGGGCAAGGCCAAGCGUGCUGUGCAACGAGGAGCCACCGCAGUCAUCUUUGAUGUCUCCGAAAACCCAGAAGCAAUCGACCAGCUAAACCAGGGCCUGGAGGACCCACUGAAGAGGCCGGUGGUGUAUGUGAAGGGUGCAGAUGCCAUCAAACUGAUGAAUAUCGUCAACAAGCAGAAAGUGGCCCGAGCCAGGAUCCAGCACCGCCCGCCUCGACAACCCACCGAGUACUUCGACAUGGGCAUCUUCCUGGCUUUCUUCGUCGUGGUCUCCUUAGUCUGCCUCAUCCUGCUGGUCAAAAUCAAGCUGAAACAGCGGCGCAGCCAGAACUCCAUGAACAGACUGGCUGUGCAGGCUCUGGAGAAGAUGGAAACCAGAAAGUUCAACUCCAAGAGCAAGGGCCGCCGAGAGGGGAGCUGCGGGGCCCUGGACACGCUCAGCAGCAGCUCCACAUCUGACUGUGCCAUCUGCCUGGAGAGGUACAUCGACGGAGAGGAGCUACGGGUUAUCCCCUGCACUCACCGCUUUCACAGGAAGUGUGUGGACCCCUGGCUGUUGCAGCACCACACCUGCCCACACUGUCGGCACAACAUCAUAGAACAAAAGGGAAACCCGAGCGCCGUGUGUGUGGAGCCGAGCAACCUCCCUCGGGGUCGGCAGCAGAGGGUGACCUUGCCCGUGCACUACCCAGGCCGUGUGCACAGGACCAAUGCCAUCCCAGCCUACCCCACCAGGACGAGCAUGGACUCCCACGGGAAUCCCGUGACGCUGCUGACCGUGGACCGACACGGGGAACAGAGCCUCUACUCUCCGCAAACCCCUGCCUAUAUCCGCGGCUACCCACCCUUCCAUCUGGACCACAGCCUGGCCACACACCGCUGCGGCCUGGAGCACCGGGCCUACUCACCAGCCCACCCCUUCCGCAGGCCCAAGUUCAGCAGCCGCAGCUUCUCUAAGGCAGCUUGCUUCUCCCAGUAUGAGACCAUGUACCAACACUACUACUUCCAGGGCCUCAGCUACCCGGAGCAGGAGGGUCAGCCCCCCGCCAGCCUCCAUCCCCGGGGCCCGGCCCGUGCCUUUGCACCCAGUGGCGGUGGUGGCAGUGGCAGCGGUGGCCUGCUCUUCCCCACCAUGGUGCACGUGGCCCCGCCCUCCCACCUGGAGAGCGGCAGCACAUCCAGCUUCAGCUGCUACCAUGGCCACCGCUCAGUGUGCAGCGGUUACCUGGCCGACUGCCCGGGCAGUGACAGCAGCAGCAGCAGCUCUGGCCAGUGCCACUGCUCCUCCAGCGAUUCGGUGGUAGACUGCACCGAAGUCAGCAACCAGGGUGUGUACGGGAGCUGCUCCACCUUCCGCAGCUCCCUCAGCAGUGACUAUGACCCCUUCAUCUACCGCAGCCGGAGCCCAUGUCGCACCAGCGACGCCAGUGGGUCAGGCAGCUCAGGCCGGGGGCCUGCUGUGCACCUCGAGGGCUCCCCGCCUCCACCCCCACCACCACCUCCACCGCUGCCACCACCCGAGGAAUUCCAGGCCGUGCAUCAUGGUGCUGGGCGGGGUGAGGCCUGGCCGGGUCCCACCUUGCCCUCGGGGGACCAGCUGUCUACCUACAGCCUGGACAUGAACUACAGCAGCAGCUCCUCACUGGAGCACAGGGGGCCCAACAGCUCUACCUCAGAAGUGGGGCUCGAGGCUUCUCCUGGGGCUGCCCUGGACCUCAGGAGGACCUGGAAGGGGGGAAGUGAGGGGCCACUGUGCACCUGUUGCUAUGAGCCCCAACCCUCAGCUUCCGGGUCCCCCCUUCAUGAGGCCUGUGGCCUCGCCAGUGGGGAGCCACAGCCAGGGCAGCCGGGAAGCUCCAUGUAUGGCCUUCCCCCAGACCAUCGGCCCAGGACAGAUGGGGUAAAAUAUGAGGGUCUUCCCUGCUGCUUCUAUGAAGAAAAGCAGGUGGCCCCCAGCGGCUGCCACACCGAGGACUACUCUGUGAGUGUGCAGUACACACUCGUUGAGGAGCCCCUGCCCAGCUGCUACCCGGGGGCCCGGGACCUCGGCCAACGCAUCCCCAUCAUCCCAGAGGAUGUGGACCCAGACCUGGGCCUGCCCUCAGACUGCCAGGGCCCCCAGAGCCUCAGCUCCUGGGGUGGGCCGUCCGCUCUGGACACACCUUGGCCCCAUGGGGCUCGGGGAGCAGCCCAGGAAGAAGAGUGGCCCCUAUGCCAUCAGGCCGGGGCACCACUACCACCUGGCUGCCCUCCAAACGAUGCGGGUGCCACCACAGCCAGCUUCCCCUGCACCUCCCAGGACACUCAGGAGUCUAACGCCAUGGCCCCCGAGGCUGCAGGACCAGGACCUCGCCCGGCAGACCCCAGCGGCCCAGGAGCCUGAGCUCAGAAGGAGCUCUUCUCUCGAAAUGGGAAACUGAAUGGAGACUCCACACUCUGACUUCCUUCAAAAACAAAAUUUAUUUUUUAGCUUUGACAAACACGCAAAAGUGGUAAUAAAGAGAGCCCUCCUUCUCAACCCAAAAUGUGAGCCAGCUGUGGCAAGAUGCCGCCCUCAUCUGAUCCCACCCCUCGUUUAUCACAGCCCUCCCCAACCCCUUCCUGUGCCCCUGUUGGUAACAUAUCACCCUUCUGUUUUGUAAAGUGUGUGUGCUUGGGGUUCCGCGGUGUGUGGGAUUGAGUUCUCUGCUCUUUUUUUUUUAAAGAUAUUAUAUGUAAAUGUAAAGUUAUUUAAAUAUAUAUUUUAAAGAACCCUAAUCGCCAACUUUUGCUGAAAGAGAAAAAAAAAAGAAUCACUGGUGCAUUUGAAUGACCCACGUCAUGUGUAGAUACUGUUGUCUCCCGCAGGGAGCUCAGGCCUUUGAAAAGCUCAGGGCGACACCUGCCUUAGAAAACCAACCAGAAACUUGAAGCCAAGCCAGUUGUCGAUAUGGGUACAAACGCCAAGGAGCCAUGCUGCACUGCCUCUCCUGGGCAUGUCUCUGGCAAGUUCCAGUGUCUAAACUGCAGGGACUCCUGGGAAGCCAAGCCUCUCUGGCGCUCACCGUCAAGACCAGAAUAAGGGGGCAGGUGUGCAGCUCCGUGCAGCCAAACCAUCACGCCUCCCCUUCCCCGCCUCGCCCCAAGCCCCAGGCUGGUUCUUGCCCAGAAGUCUCCAUCUGUCCUUCUGGGUCAUCUUCCUGAGGCAAAUGACUGAGAGCCCAGCCAGCCCCUGAGCUUGGCAGAGAUCCCAGUCAUAGUAAAUGGUAGUGUGUCUUGGGGCUGGGUAACUCUGUCUCAAAAUCUGACCCCUGAGGUUAGAACAGAGGUAGCCCCCCAACCCCCAACCCAACCCCCUUCCUGGGUGGCCCUGACUUUGGCCUCCCGCCACUUGACUGCAGAAAAGGUUCGACCAGGGUGUGUGGGGCGCACAUCCAGGAGGAAGGUUGUUUUGUGGUCUUGGUGUCCCAUGGGGCUAGGCGGGAGUGGUCCCCACUGACCCAGCUGCGUGUGCUUGGAGAUGGGGGCAGCCACACCCCUCAGCUGCUGCUGUUUCUGGGGCGGCCUUCUGAGGGACAAGGAGUUGGACCCAUGGGGGCUCCACCAAGUUCUUAAUGGCAGCCUUUCCCAGCCCAUCCCACGCCCCCACGGGAGCCCUGCUUCAGGGUCCUUCAGCCCUCUGCCUCAAGGCUGAAGUUGCUCAUCUCACUUGCAAGUGUCUACUAACCUGUCUGCUCAUGCACUAAUGAGUAUUGGUUCUCCAUGAGACAGAGAGGAUCAGAGGGCUGAGACCCACAGGGUAGCCCUUUGUAUAUUUCCCCAGCCUCUUAUUUUCUAUGAAAGGAGGAGUUUUAAAGAAGAAGAAGAAAACCCAAAACAUGUUUUUUGGGGUCUUUUUCUAUUUAUACGAUGUUUCAUUUUUUAAAAGGGAGAAUCUAUUUAAAGCUGUUUCAAAUCAGGGAUUGUCAUCUUUUUUGUCCCAUGUAUCCCUUAUUCUUAAAAAAUUUUUUUGUUUUCGUUAGAGGAAACUAAUCCCAUUAGGCCUUGUUUCCACCGACCCUACAUUCAUUUUCAGCCAAUGUUUUCCCUCCAUCUAGAGAGUCUAGCCCCACCUUGUAGGUGAAGAAGUAGGGAGCCUCCUUCCUGUCCCAGGUGACCCACACCCAAUUCCCAGUCAGGCUCACAGGCUUCCGACCAGAAUAACUAUUUUUGUUUUGCCUCAAGCGUGCAAUGAUGGACCCCUUUGUCAUGGAGGACCUGACGGUGGUAAGAGGUUCCCAGCCUCCGGGCGGCUCUCCAGGGUUGUGCCCUGCACACCUGUUGGCGAGGGUGUGAGAAGCACCCAAGCUGCUGACAGGCGAUCCGCGGACCGCCUUUGUUCCUGGAGCCAGGAGGAGCAGCUGCCCAAGACGGCAGCUUGCAUUACGCGGUUUUAGGGCAGCGGGUGUGUGGCUUUUAACGCGCACUGCAAAAAAGCAGCUUCUCAUGGUUGAGAUUUUUGUUUGUUUGUGGUUUUGCUUUUUGUGUGUUUGCUGCUUUUGAGGCCCCACAUAUUAGUUGGCUGGUCUGAAACCGUACCCUGGUAGGGGUUUUCUUUUAGCCUGUUUGGAGGACUGCUCCUCAGUAGCCUCAAGCAGUAAAUCUCAGAAUGUGGCUCAGACUGGGCUUAUUAAAAUCAACACAUCUGAUUUUAAAAGAAGCACCAUUGAAUGCUCAGCGUUUACAGGUGGUGGAAGCAAAAACUAAAAUUUUGGAACUUUAAAUAUCUACUACUGCCUUGGAAAUCUGGGCUGGCUCAUCAGACAGGGAGGAUCCCAGGAUAAGAGAGUUGGACCAUCCAACUGUCUCAUUGUGUCACCAUCAGCUUCAAAAGAAAUGUCUUCUUCAAGGUUGUCAGACUCCAGUAAGAUGACUAAUACCUUGUUUGGCAGACUCCCCAAACUAUGGGACCCAGGACCACCUCAUUCCCCACCAGAAACCAGGGUGUCCCUAUGGCCCGGCCUGGCCUCAGUACAGCCCAGUCAGCACACGGAAGAGAUCUAGAACCAGCUAGAAAUGGAAGCUUGGAUGUUGUGGCUGACAGGGUUACCUCUGGUUGGACAGAGCCCCCCUCCUCCUCUUCUCCAAGGCCAAGGGCAUUUUACUCAAGGCCAUCUGCUGUGUCACUGCUCAGUGCCCCAACCCAGCCCCCUCCUCAGCCCCUCCUCAGCUUCUGAUCUCCACUCAAGUUCAUGUAGGACCAAUGCUCUUAAAACGAGAUCUGAAAAAUAAUUAUUCAUCAGAAAUAUCGUUUUGUAAACAGAACUGCCUUUUUCUGUUCUUUAUAUGAACUCUUUCUAUUGUGUUGGUCUAACAAGGCACUAUUUUUAAAUGUUUUCUUUAAAAAAAAUUUUUUUCUCCCAUAGCACUUAAAGAUUUUGUAAAGACUUUGAUGUAAAGAUUUUGUAAUAAAAUGGUCUAAGGGCUCUUUUUUUUUCCAACAUUACCAUUUUAAAAAAUGUUUUAAAAGCUAGAAAACAACAUAUGUAUAUUCUGUAUAUGUAUAGCAGCACAUUUCAUUUAUGGAAAUAUGUUCUCAGAAUAUUUAUUUACUAAUAUAUUUAUCUUGAAGCCAUGUCUUAUGUUGAGAGUGUGACAUUGUUGAAAUAAUCAUUGAAAAUGACUAACACAAGACCCUGUAAAUACAUGAUAAUUGCACACAGAUUUUACAUAUUUGCAGACCAAAAAAUGAUUUAAAACGAGUUGUAGUCUUCUAUGGUUUUGUAACAAACUGUACAAAUGACUGUAAAAAAUAUAUAUACGAUUUUAUCAAGUA